AUACGGUAUAAUUGAUAACAGUAAUCAGCUGUUUCCGUCAAAAAUUUUCUAACCUCAGAAUUGGGAAGUUGUUUUUGUUAAAAAAUUGUUUGAAAAAUGAAAAAUAUUUCAAGUGGAUAUUGAGAAUGCAAUUGAUAAAUUAAAUCAAUUAAUAAUAGCCAAAAUUCUUUUUUAAUCAUAUUCCAAGCAGCAGGUAGCGGAAAUAUGCCUUCAACACUGGAUAAAACGAAUUAUUUGCAACUUUUCUCUAAUCUUUUAAGUAUUAUUACAAUAACAAUUUGUUUCAUCCUAAAAGUACCGCAAAUUUUAAAGUUACUAAAGGUAAAAAGUGCUCAAGGUAUAAACUUGAUUGGACUUUUAAUGGAGCUUUCAAGUUAUACUAUUAUGACCUCCUAUAAUUAUAGGAAUGGAUAUCCAAUUCUUACAUACUUGGAAUACCCUAUUAUUUUAGCUCAAGAAUUAAUUCUAAUUUUGUUAGUUCUGAAAUAUAAAGGUUAUUUAAAUAUUUAUAGUUUUAUUGGGUCUUCAAUUUAUUUUUCUGUUGCUGCCAGCUUUCUUAUUGGCUUAGUUCCUUUGGGACUGCUCUCAUUUCUUGUGCCAAUGUGUACACCAAUUGGAGUCAGUUCAAAAGUAGUGCAACUUGUUGAAAUAUUAAGAACCCAAAAUGCUCAAUCAGUUAGUAUUACUACAUGGUUUAUUUCAGCUUUCACCAAUUUUACGAGAGUGUUCACUACUAGUUUGGAGUCAGGUGACUUGACUUUGCUACUUAAUUUUUCAUUAAACACAUUUAUGAGCUCUUCUGUAAUGGUCGCUGCUAUCGCUUAUAAAAGUCCUCAGAAAGGCUCAGUACAAAAAAAGACCGACUGAUUUUUCUGAAUCUAGUGUUUUGCUUGUUACCCUGUAUAAGAAUGAAAACCACAUUAUCGUUACUUAAAAUUUUAGUUACCAUUCUUUUAAAUAUUAUAUUUAGGUUCCAUAAUGUCAAUUAAAUAAUAUGAAAGGGUA